AUGAUCAAGAAGAACCCUGAUCAUCUGUUCAACCUGCGCAAGAUGUCCGAUGAAUCCCUCCGAGACUACAUCAAGAGGUUCAAAGCGGAGAAGGCAAAUAUUGUUGGAUGUGAUGACCAAAUUGUGUCAUCUGCCUUCAAGAGGGGGUUGCCAACCGAAUGUGAGCUGUAUUGCGAGCUUACCAUCUCUCGUCACCAAACACUAGUAGAAGUCUUUGCUACAGCAGAGCGCUACGCACUAUGGGACGAUGACCGAAUUUCCACGAAGGAGGCUGAUCAAAGCAGACAAGCAAAGAGAAUGGCAAGCGCAGAUCACAACCUCAGGAAUGUGCUCCAGCAGCGGAGAGGGCACAGUCAUUACACAAACGACUGCUUUGCCUGGAAAAGAAACCUCGAAGAUCUAGUCAAAGACGGCCAUUGCACGGAAUUCAUCACAAGGAGGGCUAUCCAGCAAAUCAAGGAUUGUGACGCUGCUAACAAUGAGCCUCCACGAAAAAGUCAUACGGAUCACGAUCCUAGCUAA